GCCCUGGCCCGGGCCGCCCUGGCGCCUCGGCUGGCGCACAACCUAAGCCUAGAGCUGGUGGCCGCCGCCCCCCCUGCCCGUGACCCCGCCUCGCUGGCCCGCGGCCUGUGCCAGGCCCUGGCGGCUCCGGGCGUGGCGGCCGUGCUGGAGUUCCCGGAGGCGCGGCCCGAGCUGCUGCAGCUGCGCUUCCUGGCGGCCGCCGCCGAGACCCCCGUGCUCAGCGCGCUGCGGAGGGAGGCGCGCGCGCCCCUCGGAGCCCCGAACCCGUUCCACCUCCAGCUGGACUGGGCCAGCCCCCUGGAGACCCUGCUUGAUGUGCUGGUGGCUGUGCUGCGGGCGCACACCUGGGAGGACGUCAGCCUGGUUCUCUGCCGCAUGCGGGACCCUGCCGGCCUGGUGGCCCUCUGGACAGCCCGGGCCGGCAGGGCCCCAAAGCUGGUGCUGGACCUGAGCCGGCCAGACCCAGGCGAUGGGGGGCUGCAGGCAUGCCUGGCCCCCCUGGGCGCCCCGACAGGGGGCUCGGCCCCAGCCCCGGCGGCCGUACUCCUCGGCUGCAGCCCGGCCCACGCACGGCAGGUGCUGCAGGCAGUGCCUCCUGGACCCCGGUGGCUGCUGGGCACGCCACUGUCCGCGAAGGCGCUGCCCACUGAGGGCCUGCCCCUCGGGCUGCUGGCACUGGGCGAGGUGGCCCGACCCCCGCUGGAGGCCGCCAUUCACGACGCGGUGGAGCUGGUGGCGCGAGCCCUGGGGAGCGCAGCCCGGGCCGAGCCAGAGCGUGCCCUCCUGCCUGCGGCGGUCGGCUGCAAGGACGGGCAGCCGGCUGGGCCUGAGUCCUCUGGCCGCUUCUUGGCAUGGUUCCUGGCCAACACGUCCUUCCGGGGCCGCACGGGGCCCGUGUGGGUGACCGGCUCCUCCCAGGUGCACAUCUCCCGGUACUUCCGAGUGUGGAGCUUGCGCCAGGACCCACGGGGUGCCCCGGCCUGGGCCACCGUGGGCAGCUGGCGGGCCGGGCGGCUGGACUCAGAACUGGGAGGUGCGGCCGCACAGCCCCCGCCCUCCUCGGGAGCGCGAGCCCGGCCCAAGCUGCGCGUGGUGACGCUGGUGGAACAUCCGUUCGUGUUCGCCCGGGAGCCGGACGAGGACGGGCAGUGCCCCGCAAGGCAGCUGUGCCUGGCCCCCGGCACCAAUGACUCGGCCACCCUGGACGCGCUGUUCGCCUCGCUGGCCAACGGCUCGGUGCCACGCGCCCUCCGCAAGUGCUGCUACGGCUACUGCAUCGACCUGCUGGAGCGCCUGGCGGAGGACGCGCCCUUCGACUUUGAGCUGUACAUCGUGGGCGAUGGCAAGUACGGUGCCCUGCGGGACGGCCGCUGGACCGGCCUGGUGGGGGACCUGCUGGCCGGCAGGGCCCACAUGGCCGUCACCAGCUUCAGCAUCAACUCAGCCCGCUCCCAGGUGAUGGACUUCAGCAGCCCCUUCUUCUCCACCAGCCUGGGCAUCACGGUGCGGGCCCGGGACACGGCCUCGCCCGUCGGUGCCUUCAUGUGGCCGCUGCACUGGUCCAUGCGGCUGGGCGUCUUUGCUGCCCUGCACCUCACCGCGCUCUUCCUCACGCUGUACGAGUGGCGCAGCCCCUACGGCCUCACGCCCCGUGGCCGGAACCGGGCCACCGUGUUCUCCUACUCUUCGGCCCUCAAGCUCUGCUACGCCAUCCUCUUCGGACGCACCGUCUCCAGCAAGACGCCCAAGUGCCCCACGGGGCGCCUUCUCAUGAACCUGUGGGCCAUCUUCUGCCUGCUCGUGCUGUCCAGCUACACGGCCAACCUGGCCGCCGUCAUGGUCGGGGACAAGACUUUCCUGGAGCUGUCGGGGAUCCAUGACCCCAAGCUGCACCACCCGUCCCAGGGCUUCCGCGUGGGCACCGUGUGGGAGAGCAGCGCCGAGGCCGACAUCAAGAGCUUCCCCGCCAUGUACGCGCGCACGCGGCGCCGCAGCGCGCCCACCACGCCCCGCGGCGUCGCCAUGCUCACGAGCGACCCCCCCAAACUCAACGCCUUCAUCAUGGACAAGUCGCUCCUAGACUACGAGCUCUCCAUCGACGCCGACUGUAAACUGCUGACCGUGGGCAAGCCUUUCGCCAUGGAGGGCUACGGCAUCGGACUCGCCCAGAACUCGCCACUCACCUCCAACCUGUCCGAGUUCAUCAGCCGCUACAAGUCCUCUGGUUUCAUCGACCUGCUGCACGACAAGUGGUGCAAGAUGGUGCCUUGUGGGAAGCGCGUCCUCGCCGUUACAGAGACACUGCAGGUGGCCAUCUUCCACUUCUCCGGACUCUUCGUGCUGCUCUGCCUGGGGCUCGGCAGCGCUCUGCUCAGCUCGCUGGCGCUCCCACGCAUCCGAGGGGGCAACACGCUGCAGUACUGGCUGCACACGAGCCAGCGAAUCCACCGCGCCCUCAACACAGAGCCGCCCGAAGGACAGGAGGAGACACUGACGCGGCCCCAUCCGUCCCACGUCCCCAGGGCUCUCGAGCAGCAGCAGCGGGACACACCGGCUGCGUCCGCGGCGAGCUGGACGCGGAUGCGCCGGGCCAUGGCGAGGGAGCGCCGCGUGCGCUUCCUCCUGGAGCCCACGGAGGCCGCCGCCACCGCACCUGCCUCGGAGGCGGAGGGGCCGCCCGAGGGCCCUGUCUGGCUCUGCUCCAACGGCCGCCUGCCGGCUGUGCUGCCCUCCGGGCCUCCGGCCCCCGGCGAGCUGCAGGAGCUGGAGCGGCGCCUCCGCCACGCCCUGGUGCGGCGAGGGGAGCUCCUGGCCCAGCUGGGGGAGGCCCGUGACCGGCCUCUGCGCCUGCUCCAAGCCCCUGAAGUCGCCCGGUGA